CGAAACAAAUAGUUAAUUUAUAAUUUAAAAAAUGAUAGAUAAUGUAAUUUUCUUUGAAUUUGUUUACAAGCUAAAGAAACGCUAAAAGUUAACAUUCUUUAGGAAAAAUUACUGUGAGAUAAGCCCUGCUUAAUAAAAAUAAAAUAUAACUUUGCAAACCACCCCGCCACAUUUCUCUCUCCAUUAGUAAUGGUUUUAAACGCAAAUACAAUAGGUGAACGAAAAUGUUGAACGACGUUAUCCGAGGGAAUAGAUACAUUUGAAAUAUUUAAAAAGUGUUUUUGGACGAAAAAGGAAUCGAUUGGUAAUUUAACGGAAAUUUCAACAGCUAAAAAAUUGAUUCAACGACGAUGACCAGGAGAAGGGGCGCACGCGCAACGGUACCUGGAGAGGUCGGUUUACUCUCUCGGUCCUUGUUGGCCGUAGCCGCGGUCUUCUGUUCCGGCGGUGUCGCCUACUUCGGGCUCAGUGAGCCGAUGUGUGAGCGCCGCGACGCCCAGAGCAGCUUCAACGUUAAGCGUCACCGACGUGGGUUUGACGAGAAACUACGUUUUCUUUCUCGUCCUGGUCAUCGUCGUUGUUUUCGUCAUUUUCGUCGUUGCCUUCUUGGUGGCAUGGUCACGGAAAGGAAAGGGAAUGACCGCGACCGUGGACGCGAUCAACGAUGAACCAGCAGGAAGGAAAAUGACAUAACACGCAAGGGUACAUGCAAACGUAUUGUGUUUGACGGUUGGUCGCGCGAUUCGUUUUCGCUUCGUGGAUAUUUCGAUGACUGCUUAUGUCAGUGAAUUAAUUUGAGAGCAGUAUAUCGUUUGUGAUAGAAACAUUACUGUGAAAAUAGGAACAUACUCUUCUGUGUGAACCUUACGUGUUGACAUAUGAACAUGAUAAAUGUACAUAUAAACAAUGACAGUUUAGUUAAAGAAAUUAGUGCAUAGAAGAGAAUUUGUUGCUGGGUGUUCACUACACGUUUCAGAAUGAACGUUACCACGGCUUAUACGGAUGCAACCAGCAGUCUAGCUGGAAUUAUGGGACUCGAGCCGGAGAUAAGAAUGGAUAAAGCUGAGAACGUUUUCGACAAUGAUCUUGACAUUUCACCGGUCACCUUAUCGUCGGCAUGGUCGAGGGUAGCUAGACUGCUCUUAUUGGCCUCAAUGGCGGUUGCUGGUAGCGUUGGUAACGUUUUCAUGAUUUCCGCUGUGGUGGUCGAAGAUCAACUCAAAAAAAGAGGGAAUGCAUUUCUGGUGAAUGUCGCAUUGGCAGACUUAUUAGUGACAGGCAUGGUAAUACCGGUAUCCGUGAUUGUCAUUCUGGCUGGUCACGAAGAGUCAUUAAGCACAUGUCGAUUCGAAUGCACCCUGGAAGCUCUUUGUUUUCUGGUCACGGUUCUAACGUUAGCAACCAUAGCUGCGGAAAAUUAUACCCGUUUGUGUCUACCAGCCGAAAGAUACGCCUCACUGACACCAAGUCGUGUAACAGGAACGAUCAUUGGCGUCUGGUUGAUCUCCAUAACGACGGUGGUGUUGCAGUCAUCGUUGGACGUAGGGCCCGACUUUUGUCGUCGCCGAUUCAGCGGCAUAGCCUUGGAACAGAUCAUUGGAGCUACCCUUCUGGUAGGUUUGCCAGCAUUGAUGACCACAUUUUUUUACGUUAAACUGGUGAUUCGCGUACGUCACGCGACAAGAGGUUCGUACAAGCCACCGGUCGCUUUUUCCUGGGAUUACGAACUUUGCAAGGCAAAUAUAUACAGCUGCCUGAUGUUCGUGAUAUUUUGGUUACCAUUCGGCAUAGCUGUAUGCGUGAAUUCUUUCCGACCGAUAAGCGCUCGUAUCCUUUACAAUUUGGCCUGGUUCGCCCUCUCCAAGUCCUGUUUCAAUAAUCUUCUCUACUGCGUGGCAGACCGCCAUUUUCGCAACGCUUACGUCAAGCUUUUCCACUAUUGUUGUUGCAAAACUACCGUCAGCUUCUCGCGAAGACCACGAGGGGACGGGGGAAGAAACGCCAGCGAUGUACGUCUUAGAGUUCAUAUUAUCCAUUCCUAUGCGAGUCCGGGGUCGUGUCGACCCCCUGUUAGCAGACCCAACGGACGCGACGUUUACGAGCUCUAAACGAUGGUUGACGAUCAAAACUGUACUUGUACAAAGUAACAUCCUCGUCCAAGCAAACGAUCGCCGUCCAAUGAAACCUUCUCUCUUCACUUUCUUAGUCCCUUUCGUUCAGCUACCUCUUCUGAGAUGCUUCCGUCAUUUUAAGUUAUGCUUUUAGCGUCGA